AUGCAGACCAAGACAGUCCUUGCUUCCCUUCUCUUUGCCGCCAUUGGCACCCAGGCCGCCCCUUCGGUCCAUGCUCGUCAGGCCGAUUCGAUUCCUCUCAACAUCUAUGAGGGCGAUGGCUGCAACCGCGGACCGCCUAUCACCACCGCCAAUGUUCCCACCGACGGAAGUUGCUUUGCCUUCUCGCCGAUUCUCUCGUCACAAACCGACAGCGCCCGCAUCGAUGCAGCUGGGUCGUUGCCAGCUGGUUGCACCCUCACCAUCUUCAACACCAACAACUGCAGCCCUAAUGGCAACAAUGUUCCGAUCAGGUCUACGGGCAACUGCGCCACUUUCGGGGCUGGCAAUCCUCUAGACCCUUUUAUCAGGGCCGCCAGGGUGUCGGGUACGUGCUAG